AUGAAUUGGAAUACAAGUACAACAAAUUGUUGUUAUUGGGAUGGAGUCUCUUGCAACCACUCCACCGGUGACGUUAUCGGGCUUGAUCUUAGCUGCGGUAUGCUACAAGGUACUCUCCAUCCUAACACCUCCCUCUUCAACCUUCCUCACCUCCAAACACUCAACCUUGCUUUCAAUGAUUUUACUGAUUCCCUACUUCCAAGUAAAAUUGGAAGGCUUUCAAGUACUCUUACACAUCUCAACAUCUCUGUAUGUGGGUUUUCUGGCCAAGUCCCAUCCGACGUCAUGCUUCUUCAUAAAUUGGUCUCUCUUGAUCUCUCUGGAAACUAUUUCCGUCUUGAGCCUCGUGUUUUCAUCAAUCUUCUUCAAAAUCAUACUUCUUUGGAAGAACUUUCACUUGCACAAGUUUAUAUAGUUUCCAUGUUACCUACUCAUCUUAAUAUCUCUUCUUCUUUAAAGUUACUAGAUCUUAGCAGCACUGGAUUGCAAGGAAAUAUACCUCGUUACAUUUUUAGUCUUCAAUCUCUCGAAAAGCUCGACUUGUCUUGGAACGGAUUCACAGGAGAAAUCCCUUGGGAAAUCUCACUUCUUCCAAAACUGGUUUCACUUGAUCUAUCUUUCAAUCAAUAUGAUAAUUUGAGCAUUAAACCUCAUAUCUUCGAAAGUCUUCUCCAAAAUUCUACCCUUCUAAGAUUCCUUCGGCUUCGUGAUGUUAAUAUAGGUUUGGAUUUCCCAGCUUAUCUUAAUAUCUCUUCUUCUAUGAAGUCACUAGAUCUCACGAAUACUAGUUUGAAAGGGAAAUUACCUAAUAACAUCUUCAAUCUUCAAUAUUUAGAACACCUUUACUUGUCAGAAAACCAUAACAUCACUGGUCCGCUACCCAAAGUUAAUGAUACCAUCCCUCUCAAGGCAUUAAGUCUCGCAUCCACCAACUUCUUAUUCGGAAAGAUACCUAACUCAAUUGGUAACUUCAAGUCUUUAACUUACCUUGAUCUCUCUUAUUGUAGUCUGACAGGGCCCAUUCCGAAAUUCAUAGGUAACCUAAGGUACCUUACUUUUCUCGAUUUAUCAUCUAACCAACUUAACGGGACAUUGCCAUCUUUCAUCGGUAACCUAAGGAACCUUACUACUCUAGUUUUAUCAUCUAACAAACUUAGCGGGACAUUAUCAUCUUCCAUAUUUUCUCUCUGGUCAUUAGAAAGCUUAUCACUUGAUGACAAUCAAUUUGAUGGCCAGAUUGAUAUGCUUAUGUUUCAACAACUCACCAACCUCGCCGUCCUACGCCUUUCAUAUAAUAAUUUUGGUGGUAGCUGGGAUUUAGAUACAAUCUUAUCGAGCCUCCCAAACAUUUCCACUCUCGAUCUCUCAUACAGUGGUGUAUCUGUAAGCACCAGUAAUGCUACUCAUUAUGACAACCCUAAUGUAUGGUUCUUGAGUCUGGCCUCUUGCAAGAUAAAGGUGUUUCCAGAAUCUGUACGAUCCAUGACAGAUCUUGGACACUUAGAUCUAUCAAGCAACGAAAUCCAUGGCCAGAUUCCUCAUUGGUUAGGGGAGAUGGGAGGUAGUAAGCUGUAUCGUUUGAGCCUAUCACAUAAUUUCAUACAGGGGCCAUUUCAUCCAUCAAUUUGCAAUAUGAGGAAUCUAAUGCAUUUGGAUCUGUCAAAUAAUAGUUUUGAUGGAGUGAUUCCAGAAUGCUUUGGGGAUAUCGUCUCAUCUCUUCAAACGAUUAAUUUGGGGAGAAAUCAUUUUCAAGGAACCAUCCCAAAUGUAUACGAGAAAUGUGGACGGCUAGAAGGGGUUAUUUUGAAUAGAAACCAAUUUGAAGGAGAGGUGCCAAGUUCCUUGUCCAAAUGCCAACACUUGAGAGUACUUGAUAUGGGAAACAACCACUUAAAUGGAACAUUCCCUCACUGGCUAGAAUCUCUUCCAAAUCUACAGGUUCUUGUCCUCAAGUCAAACAGUUUUUAUGGACACAUCAUACCAUCAUCUACAGUUGGAUUGACAUUUCCAUCUCUGCAAGUAAUGGACUUAUCUCACAAUGGGUUUGAAGGCCAACUCCCACGAAAAUAUUUUCAAAAUUUUAAUACCAUGAAGAAAAGUGUAGAAAGGAGCACAACCUCGAAAUAUUUGUACGUGGAUGAGAAGCCUUACUCAUUCGUUGUUACUGUGAAAGGUGUGGAGCAAGAUUUUGCGCAACUUUAUGUUUACUAUACCAUUGUUUGUUUAUCACACAAUAAUUUUGUUGGGAGGAUUCCGGAUAUCAUUGGAAAUCUAAACUCAUUGAUAGUGCUCGACUUAUCCCACAACCGCCUCACUGGUCAAAUCCCACAUACGGUUGGACAACUAUCAGAAAUUGAAUCCUUAGACCUCUCUUGCAAUCAACUUACAGGAAAGAUUCCUCAAAGCCUUGCAGACUUGUGGUUCCUUGGGUUCUUAAACCUCUCGCAAAACCAUCUCGUGGGGCUCAUUCCAGUAGGAAAACAGCUCAACACUUUUCAGGAAAACUCAUUUGAAGGGAAUCCGAAUCUCUGUGGGCUUCCAUUGUCCAAAGAGUGCAGUGAUAACCACCUUCAAGAUCCACAACAUGAUGAAAGUGAAGGAGAUGGCGUUGAGGAAAAGAUCAGUGGGCUUACAUGGAUAAUAGUGAUGUUGGGAUACGGUUUUGGGACCCUAUUUGGAUUGGUAAUGGGAUAUCUCAUGUUGUCAACCGGAAGACCAAUGUGGUUUAAUGCAAUUGUUGAUGCAAUGGAACAAAUGAUCAUGAAGAGGCGAGAUAUAUAUAGAAGAUGUGUAAUUAAAUAA